AUGGGUGUUGCAGCUUCAUCUUCUUCUUCAUCGUCCUCCAGGAAAUAUGAAGUCUUUCUGAGUUUCAGAGGAGAGGACACUCGCAGAUCCUUCACCAGCCACCUCCAUACUGCCUUAUGCCUCAAAGGUAUUGAGACAUACAUAGAUUAUGAGCUCCCAAAAGGCGAUGACAUCUCCCAAUCACUCGUCCAAGCAAUUCAGGAUUCAUCCAUCUCUGUGGUGGUCUUCUCUCAAAACUAUGCCUCUUCAAGAUGGUGUUUGAAUGAGCUUGUUCAGAUCCUCUGCUGUAAAGAGCACCAGGCACAGCUUGUUAUUCCUAUUUUCUACCAAGUGGACCCAUCUCAUGUACGCAAACAAGGGGGAGCUUAUGAGGAAGCAUUCGCACAACAUUUGGAGAAAAACCCAGAGAAGUUGAAGGAGUGGAGACACGCACUUUCUGAGACUGCAAGUUUAGCAGGAUGGGACUCUCGCAACUACAGAGAUGAAGCAGAACUCAUUCAAAAUAUUGUCAAUGACAUCAUCAGAAAACUAAACCAUGCGUCCUCAAAAAGUGAAUUAGCAAAUAUUAUUGGAAUUAAGGAGAAUUCGGGUCAUGUUGAAAUGUUGCUAGAAGGAUUCUCAACGAUUGGAAUUUGGGGUAUGGCUGGGAUAGGCAAAACAACCAUGGCUAAGGUUGUGUUUGCCAAAUUCCACUCUCAAUUUGACAGUUGCUGCUUCUUGGAAAAUUUAAGAGAAGAGUCCGAAAAGCAUGGGCUAAAAUAUGUACAUGAUAAACUUUUCCAUGAACUAUUAAAAGAUACAUCUCUUAAAAGACUCGGUCAUAGAAAAGUUUUGAUUGUACUAGAUGAUGUGAGCAGCACAAGUCAGUUAGAUUAUUUGGAAAGGGAAGCUCCUCUUUUAGGACUUGGUAGCAAAGUCAUCAUAACAAGUAGAGAUAAGCAUGUACUUGAUGGAAGAGUUGAGAGAAUACAUGAGGCCAAGGCAUUGAGCUACAACAAUUCACUUGAGGUUUUCAACCUUAAAGCCUUCCGCAAAGAUGGUUAUAAAAGUGAAUAUAAAGAACUAGUCCAAAGAGCAGUUGCUUAUGCUCAUGGCAUUCCAUUAGCCUUAACCAUUUUGGGUUCAUUUCUAUAUUCCAGAACUAUGGAGGAAUGGGAAAGUGCAUUGAGCAAGGUAGAAAGCACUAGUAAUCGAGAUAUUCAAGCUGUGCUGAAAUUGAGCUAUGAUGGACUUGAUGAGGAAGAGAAAGAGAUAUUUUUAGACAUUGCUUGGUUUUUGAAAGGUAAAUCUAAAAAAUAUGCAAUAGAAAUGCUGGAGAGCUGCGGCUUUCAUGCAAGCAUUGGUUUGAGAACCCUUGCGGAUAAGGCGCUAGUAAGUAUUGAUUAUAAGAUACAGAUGCAUGAUUUGAUUCAAUCAAUGGCUUUUGAAAUUGUCCGUCAAGAGUGUAUGGAAAAUCCUGGAGGACGUAGUCGACUACGGAAUCCUAAAGAGAUCUAUGAUGUACUAAAAAAUAAUCAGGGAACUGAUACAAUUCAAGGCAUAAGUUUAGAUUUGUCUCAAAUUAGAGGUUUACAAUUGAAUGCUGAUGCCUUUAGCAAGAUGACUAAUUUAAGAUUUUUGAAAUUCUAUUCACCUGAGGAUAAAAGACCGUGCACUGUGAAUCUUCCUUCGGGGCUCGAGUCAUUUCCCAACUCAUUAAGGUAUCUUCAGUGGGACGAUUUUCCUUUAAAGUCUCUACCAUUGUCAUUUUGUGCUGAGAAGCUAGUUGAAUUACACAUGCCUAACAGCCACCUUAAAAAACUAUGGGACAGCAUGCAGAACUUGGUGAAUUUAAGAAUGAUAAACCUUGUGGGAUCCAAACAAUUGAAAGAGUUACCAGAUUUCUCAGCCGCUCGAAAUCUUGAACGAAUUUUUUUUAGGUCGUGUGAAAGUUUAUGCCACCUUGAUCCAUCUAUUUUAUCUCUCCCAAGAUUGAGGGAUGUGGAUCUUAGCAGCUGCAGAAACAUGAAGAGUUUGAAAAUGGAGAGACAGUCAAAAUCUCUCGAACGCCUAUCUGUCCAUGGUUGCUAUGGUCUCAAGGAGUUUUCAUUCUCUUCAGAAGUGAUAGUUACUAUGAUAGGUUUAGAGGCGACAAGCGUUGAGAUAUUGGACUUUUCACUUGGGCCUAUGGAGAAACUCGGAAGGCUCUCUCUCAGUGGCUCAACACUAAAGAAUCUUCCGAUUAACGGGAUUUGUUGCAUGAGAUCUCUUCGAGACCUUCGUCUUCAAGAUUGCGGAGGAAUAAUUGACAAAUCAAAGCUCCACACGUUAUUUGAUGCUUUGUUAUAUCUAGAAACAAUUGUCUUGUAUCGGACUUGCAAAUUAACUGAACUUCCAAGCAAUAUCAAGCAUCUCUCAAUGCUAAGAUCUCUUUACGUAAGCUCUUGUAAGGACCUUCAAUCUUUGCCAGAACUUCCUCCAUCCGUUGAAGAAUUACAUGCUUGGAAUUGUGCAUCUUUAAAGACAUUACAACUAACUUCUCAUAUUGGGUCUUCAUUGUCGGCAGAUGAAAUAAUGUUGGGUUCAACGGUCUGUUCAUCAGUUGCUUAUCUCAGAAAUCUUCGAAGUCUUAAUCUUCAUGGUUGUGAACAAUUUUAUGAAUUCCCUGAAUUCAGUGACUCCUUAUCUUCGUUAUCUUCAUUGUCGUUGAGAGGAAGUAAUGUAGAGAGCUUGCCUCCCAGCAUCAAGCAUGUUUCAAAAUUAAAAUGUCUUCACUUGAGCAACUGUAGAAGGCUUCGUUCUCUGCCAGAACUGCCACCGUUCAUCGAAACUGUUCAUGCUAGUGAUUGCGUAUCACUUGAGAUUGUACCCAUUUCAAUACCUUUUGCACCACAGUUGGCCUUCCUAUUUCUAAAAGAUUGCUUCAAAUUGGAGAAUAGUUUCUUAUCUCGUGUUACGGAAAGUGCUUAUUUCUCAUUGAAGCGAUUAGUGUACACAAAGCAAAGAGGUGGUGUUUGUUACCCCGGAAGAAAUGUUCCAAAGUGGUUUAAAUUUAAUCAGGAAACAGAGGCUUCCAACUAUAUAACUAUCGAGCCUCCUUCCACCUCGAACGAUUUAGUUGGCUUCAUUUUCUGCUGUAUUCUUUCUCAUCGCCCUCCUGGUUACUUGCAAUGCAAAUUUUAUUACGAUGGUAAGAAGCGCGGAUGCUCAACAUUUGAUAUGAGGAGGUAUAAUUUGGAUUCACAUCAUGUUUUGGAUUCACAUCAUGUUUUUCUAUGGUGUGAUCCUGACAUAUUCAUAAGAUUCCACAAAGCAAUGGACGAUCAAAACACCAAUUCCAGGCCAAAGUUGUCAUUUAAAUUCUCUUAUGUUACGUAUCGAAAGAGUUCUGUUGAUGUUGUGAUCGAAGCAUGUGGAGUCUGCCUAGUAUAUGCCUCUGAAUACCACUGCUUCAUUCAGCAAAUGGAAAUGGAGCCAAACGUGACCUUGGGUUCCCAAAAUGAGACUUGUCAUGAUGCCAAUGAGAAUUCAUUUCAUGGAAUACCAGAAUAUGCUAGUUUCUCAUUGAAGCAAGGAAUAUGUGGCAACUUCAAAGGAAGUAUUAUUCCAGAGUGGUUUACUGAUAAAAGUUCGACGAUAAAGUAUGGAUACUUACAAGUGAGUGUUCAGCUUACUCCAGAUUUUGACAACCUAAAGGGUUUCAUUUUCUGCUUUGUUAUACCUCAUCUCUCCUCAAGAAAAAGGGAUCAAUGUCGCUCAUCAUGUGGAUGCACGUUAUAUGACAGGAGGUAUAUUCGCUUCGAUUUGAAAGGCCGAACAGGAUGGCACUAUUCAAUGGUGAAAUUGGAUUCAGAUAAUGUUUUUAUGUGGUAUGAUCCCCUCUAUUGCGAUCGCAUACUGCAAGAACUCCGAAGAAGUGGAAUACAUAAUGAUACAGAGCUUAAAUUUGAAUUUCAGUUUGGUGACCGUAAGCUCUGUAACGGGGGAGUUUAUAUUCAUCAUUGCUUGAUUAAAGAAUGUGGAGUUCGCCCAAUAUAUAUCUCAGAGUACACAAACUUCCUUCAACAAAAAAAAUUGGAGGUAAGCAUGCCAAAAAAGAGGCAUCGGAGCAUUGAUGAUGACCAACAUCAACUCGCUUCAACAAAGAAAUUGAAGGACUCUCAGAUCAUUCAAUCUAGUCUCCUGAAUUCUGAGUCCAAGACAUCUCAUGAUGCUUAUAAUGAGCUGCUACUUAUGCUGUCCCAAUUGAAUUUGGAAUCCACAAAGCAACACAUUCAUCAUAAGUAA